AUGACGGCUGGGGUGAAGCAUGUCGUCGGAAGUACCGGAAUCGAAAUCGAUCGCGAGAAUUCGCAGAGCAAAAAUCCGGUACGCUUUUUGGAAAUUUUGCCACGUUUUGCCACAUCUUCCAACUCACUCUCUCACUCUUUUUCUAUCUCUUCAUAAAUGUUAUUUGUUCAUCCCUCUCGCCACAGCAACAAAAGCCUUUUUUUGUGCGCGUGCGCCGCGCGAGGCCGAAACCGAAAUUAUUCUUGGUUCAUCGGAAAAGUUGAAAAGAUGUGGACGAUUUCGUUCCGAAACGCGCUCAUUUUCUGGCAAAUGAGCGGUGAGGAGCGUUGGCGAGAAGUGCAAAAGAUAACGGUGGGUGAGCAAGAGCGCUCCAUUGAGAAUUUCUGAGAAAAUCCUGAAAAUUUCACGCGAAAUCGAUUUUGUAGUGAAUUUUCAACAAAAAAACACGUGUUUUUCACUCAAAAUUGUGUGGGUCAUGUAAAAUUUAACCAAAAUCAAGUGCAAACCGGCCCUAUUGCGAAUUUUUUGUGAAAUUCCCGUUUUUUGCAGAUAAUCCGAGUGAUAUGCUCCGUUCAAAUGAUUUCGAUGGUCUCCGUCACUCUUCACUCCACCGCAAUGCCGUUUUUGGUCCGAAUUGCCAAUCGGGUACACGAAACGCAUCCGAAAAAUCAAAGCCGCCCCUCUUCGCCAUUUUCAGACGCAUUUCCUGCCGACGACGUCGGUUUUCAUGAUGGAAGUGCUGAAAUUGGUGUUUUGUCUGCUAAUCACCACCGUCAAAACGGGAAGUGUCAGAAAGUGCGCCCAAAUGCGAGUCAGUCGAUAAUCAACAAUUUCUUGCAGAACGGCGAGCGAGCUUCACAAAACAAUCUGGAAAAAUCGAUUGGAAACGAUGAAGGUGGCCGUGCCGGCGGUCGUUUACGCGAUUCAGAACAAUUUGUACUACAUCGCACUCGCGAACGUCGAUCCGACCACCUAUUCGGUAGAGCGCGUGUGCAUUGUCGGCGAAAACUUUGAAAUUGUUUUUAGGUAACUCUUCAACUGCGAAUUCUGACGACCGCCAUGCUUUCCGUGUGCCUUUUGAACAAAAAACUGUCGUGGUAUCAGUGGGGCGCGCAGGUGAUGGCCCUGCUCGGAGUCGUCGUUGUGCAGGUAUGCAAGUGCACUCUAUAGACAUUUUUUUCCGAUUUUUAGUUGGAUAAAACGAAUACGCACAAGGAAGUGAUCGGAAACUUCUGGAUCGGCGUUUCUGCCGUCGUCGGAAUGUGCUGGACGAGCGCUUUUGCAGGUCAGCAAGUGCGCUGCGCUCCAUUGAGAAUUUGCAGAUUUUUACAAUUUUUCAACAAAAAAGGCGACGAAUUUUCAAACUUUUGCAAGUGCGCUUCAUUGAGAAUUCAAAAAAAGCAAAUGCGCUCUUCUGCACACACUUUUUCAAAAUUUUCAGGCGUUUACUUUGAAAAAAUGCUGAAAAAUUCGUCGGCGGACGUCUGGAUUCAGAACAUUCGAUUAUCGAUUCUGACGCUGAUAUUCGCCGGAAUCACAAUGCUCACCACCGACGGCGAAGCCAUUUUGGAGGGUACGCUCGCGCAGAAAUUUGAUUCUUUUGGAAAUUUCGGACAAUUUUGCAGGAAACAUGUUCACUGGCUGGUCGAAUAUGGUCUGGCUCGUCACAAUUCUCAACUCGGUCGGCGGUCUGUGCAUCUCAUUGGUCAUGAAGUACGCGGACAACGUCAUGAAGACGUAUUGCCAAUCAAUCGCAAUCGGUAAGCGAUGCAAGUACGCUCCAUUUAAAAUUUUGCUGAAAAGUGUUUUUCCGGUUUUUCUCUGUGAAAAACUUAAAUUUUCACAUCAUUUACAGCAAUAUCGUAGUCUCAAAUAGUUCAAAUUCCCUUUUUCUCGCAAAAACUGCCUUAAAUUUCGAAAUUCCCGCAAAAAGUGCGUUAGAUCGCGUUUGCAAGCCAGAAAUUCGCAAAAGCCGUCAAUUUUUUCAGGACUAACAUCACUGGUCUCAAUAUUUUUGGGCGAACGCCUUCUGACCGUCUACCUGGUGUACGGAGUGCUGAUGGUGACGUCAUCGGUCGUCGUCUACUCGCUUUUCCCGGCCGCGCCGCCAACGCAAGAGUAUCACAAGUUGGAGCAGCAGGACGACGAUCUGGAAGUGCUUUUGAGGAGUGGCUCCGACGAUUCUGACGAGGAAAUAUUCGAAAAAGGGGCGGAGCCUAGAAUUUGA